AUGGGCGGCAAAGGUGAAGUAGGCGAUCAAAAGAUCCGUGCUACACAAGACCAGUUACGGCUUGCCAGAUUAACCCAGGACUUGUCCAUAACAGAUGAUGAUCGUGCGAAUAUACAGAAGCUUGUGAAAAAGGUAGUGGAGACAACAAGAUGUACCGUAAGCCAAGCUGAAAUUGCUCUUUACGAUAAUAAUAACGAUGUUCAAGAAGCAGUAAAUGCCAUUUUGGAAGAUAAUUAUCCAGAUGAAAAUGUCUGGAAAGAACAAAAAAGCAGGCGAGCAAAACGAGCCGAAGCUGAGGAAUUAAAGCAUGAGGAAUCAAAUUCUCAUAGGAACCGAAUUAACAGUACAAGAACAUCGACUAAUUUUGGAUAUGGACGAGGGCGAGGAGUAGAACGAGGGCGUAAUGGUUAUCGAGGUGGACGUGGCGGUGGUCGUCCAUAUAGAGGUGGAUAUCAUCACCCGUCAUCUCAAGGACAGCUUGGCAGUAAUACAGCAAGUAACGUUUGGGAUAAUUCGCAGGCAUUGAAGGUAGACCCUAGUAAGGAAUGGAAAAAUGCAAGCGCAGUUGCUGUUGACGAUAACGCUGAAGAUACGGAAUGGAAGCAACACGGUACACUGGUAUUUUCACGUAGUACCACACCACCAGUUACUACAACACCUACGGUGAAUACAGGCGCUGGGAUGAGCUCGAUAACAAGUUCUGGACCAGUGUCAUUUGCUGCUGUUGCAGCUUCCGGAACUAAUAAAGUAAAAGAAAAUGCGUUAAAAAAUUCUCUGGGUCGCUCUGGAACGGGCGCACCACCAGCGUUGGGACAAUCACAACUUGAGAAUGUGAAUUCACUUUAUCAGAACAGUGGGCUCGUCUCAACAAGUGGUCAAUUAUCAGCUUCUUCAGAAGAAAUAGAUAAAGGACGUGAAACUCGAACAUCACCAUUAGCUGGGCAUGAUGCAUCUGUAUCAACAAAUUCCGUUGUGGGAACGACAAUGCAUGCAGCAGGGGCAUCACAACAAUCUCGAGCGAAUGCAGCUGUUACCACUGUGACAAAUACGUCAGCAGAUUGGACUGCACAGUUGAAAAAUGAUCUUGGAAUUGGUGGUACUGCUCCUGCUACGAAAUCAAGUGCAAAUCAUUCAGGUUUAAUGUCCAAAUCAUCCUUACAAAAUACGAAAGCAGGACAAGUUCCGCGAGCAGCUUCUCGGCAUACUACCCAUUCAAAUACUGUGGAAUUUGUAUCCGGAGAAGCAAAUGGCCCAACGUUACCCGAAUAUCAGUUCGGUUUUCAUGUUGAUUCAGCAACGGGAAGUGAUGAGCAUGCUGAUGAUGUCUACAGUGCAUCUGCUAAAUCACGGCCCUUGAAUAACCAUACUGCCAAAGUAACUGAAAUGAACGCGGACUCAUCAUCCAUGCUUUCAAAUGGCCAAGUAGGUGAUUAUUCAUCGUCAUUGAAUUCACAACAAUCGAAGAUAUCAACUGGUAACGGUAAUGUUUCUAUGCCUCAGUCUUCACCUGCAGUGCAUCAAGCAAACCCAAUUCAGCGUCAGCCAGUUACAUCCGGCUUAUCAUAUGCUGAUACAUCCUGUAUGUCAUAUCCUGCAUCUGAUAAUCGAAAUGCGGCGAAGUUACCGCUUUCAUUACAUCAUCAGCAGCAAGCACCACAUGCACUUUACACUACAACGCAAUUGCCGUAUGCUAAUUAUCCAUACCUAAAUAUGUACAGUCCAAUGGCAGGAGUACGACAAGAUGAGUAUGCUGCAGCGUUGGUGCAGUAUCCAUUUGGAGUUGGGCAAUUUGAUAUGAACUCCUUGUCAACAAUGUUGCCUCCAGCAGCAGCUAUUGCUUCACAACAACAGCAAAAUCAACCGCCACCUCCAGUUCAGUCACAACAUCAGCAGCGACCGGACCAGCAUCCUAGCAUUGUUGAUCUCUCGAAAGCUUAUUUGGCAACUGCUGCGGCAGCAGCAGCAAACAGUACAAUAGCAAGCGGAACCGGCUCUGGUAUAUUGGGUAAUCAACAACAACGUGAUUCAGCUACAGUAAACAGUUCUGCGGUCGCUCCACCGCCAGGUUUCAGUGGUCCACCAGCUGCUGCUUUUACACUUCCUCAGCACAAUCACAUCAAUUCGAUAUUUCAAGUACCACCGGCUGCUUAUCAUCCACAAAUCAAUCAGCUGCCAUUCUCGUUUAUGUUGCCAAAUGUUACAAAUGGACAGCAUAAAAUAAAUCACCAAAUGUUUGCGCAACAAAAUGUUGAGGAUUCCCUUUCGGACCAACGUCUUUCUUCUCAACAGCAAAAGGUCUACCAGGGUCAUCAACAAUUGGAUAAGUACGGAAGUUCGACUAAUGCAAAGGAUCGUCUAGGAGGAGGUGCGCAAGCAACACCGCCGCCGCAAGUGUAUCAAACACAGGGAUAUAUGUCACAACAGAUACCGUUACAUGGCCACAAGAAAGCAUACGGGGGUGGACCACAACAUUGGAGCGCGUCGUAG